UUCAUUGAUUGGUCGGAGUUCUCCAUUCUCCGGUCCGAUAAAAUAAUAUCGAUUAUUAACUUAAAUGGUAAUUAAAUUAUUCAGAUUAAUAAUGUGGUAUUUCAUUUGUUAAAUUGGAUAACAUCAAUCAAUUGGCUGCAUAACUAGUGAAAAGUCAUUUGAAUAGCCUUUCGUAAAAUCGACGUAGAAUGAACUUCUUCAAUGAAAUUUAUGAAAAGGCAUUGCAAGAAAAUGGUGAACAAAUUCGAUUUUGGGAGGACUACCUAAAAGCUUUGAAUGAUGUUCAAUUUAAAUCGUAUUCAGAUAAAUUAAAAGUCCCAGUGUUAGUACCAAUCGGCAAUAGAAUUCUAUUCCGUGGGGAAUUAAAGCAUACAAAUGAAGUGACAGCAUCAUUGGGUCAGGGAUACUUUGCAAAGUGUUCUACAGAACAGGCUGAGAUUUUAAGACAACACAGAAUAAAAGAUGCUAAAUCAAAACUGGAUUUAGCAAUAAUAGAGAAAGAAUAUCUGGAAAGUCAAGUACAGUUUAAAAACCAAACUAUUUUUGAUAAUUCUGGAUCAGAAAUAAUUGAGUACCACACUGAUAAUGAAGACAGACUCUGGAGAGAACUACAUGAACAGAAAGUUAAACAGUACUAUGAAAAAAUAAAAAAGGAAGAAGUGAAUAAAGACGAAAAAUCUGAUGAGGAGUUGUGGAAUAGACUUGAAGAGUUAGAACUUCAAGAGGAAUUACAAAAUGAACUAACCAAAGAUACUGAAAAUUAUGAUAUAAGAGAUGCAUUAAAAAAUAUCAAAAAAGAAGACAACAUUGAUAAUGUUGCAAACAACAAUCAUGAUAUCCCAAAAGAAACACCUAUUGAAAUGGAGGUAGAAAAUAUUAAAAAUGUUGAAAAUCUUAAGUUGGAUGAUAAUAUAACAGAAACAGCAGCGUGUGAUGCAACACAAAUAAAUCCCGAAAAUACAAAUAGAUUGGAAAUUUUACAGAAUGUCUUAGAUAAACAAAAAGAACUGGAGGAAAAAAUAGCAGAUAUUAAAAACAGAGAGAGAAAUGUCACCAAAACUGAAUCUGAUUUGGUAUCUCGACUGGAUGAGUUGGAGCAGUUGGAGGAAGUGGAGGAUGAAAUGGAUAGGUUAGAUGACAUUCUUUAUGAACCUGAACCUGCAGAUGUGGAAGAAGAUAAAAACAGUGCAAAUGUCAAAAGAAGCGUGUCUUUUGCUGAUCAAGAUGAAAGUGAAACAUUGGAGAUAACUUUUAAGCAUUCUAAUGUACCAGCAUAUGAUAAACCAUAUGAACCAUUACUAGGGAUAUUAAAGCCAAGUGACAUAUAUGAAGCAUUUCCUCAUCUCUUCCCUGAAACUACCUCUAUAUUGAGAAAACCUAAACCUAAAUCAGAAAUAAAAGAACCAAGCAAUGAUAAAAAACAAACUCAGAAAGUCAAUUUCCAUUUUACCAAGGAUAAUGGCGCAAAUCUCGUAAUAGUACUUGACGAUGUUAAGGAAAAAGAUUCAUCCAAGGAACAAGUGUCAGAAAGCAGACAUAAAAAACCUGUGAGUAUUUUCAAGAAACGACGGCAGCAUAAACAUUAAAAAUUGUUAAACAAGAUAAUCUUAUCUUUAAUCUAAAAUAUUAGAAUUAAGUUUAAUAAAAUAAAAGUUACUCUAACAUAUUUA